UUGGAGUAAGUGCAUAUUUGCAAAAGUGUUCCUUGUGUGUGUGCGCAUCAUCGUUACUGACUCCGAAAUAUAAAAGUAGUGAAUUUUGCUGUUUGGCACUUGAAUUUCUAUUGAAUAAUGGGUGCCCGGGUUUAUAAUCUCCGAAAUGCGAAAGAUGUGGCAGCAUCUCUGUCGGAUUCGGAAGAGGAGCAUUUUCCGAGGACAGUGGCAAUGGAAGUUUAUUUAGAGUAUCUGCUAAUCAAGAUUGGAAAAAAUGAAAGAAAAAUCGAAACUACGCAGAUUGAACUUCGCGAAGAUAUAGAAGAUGCAGAGAAUAGAAUGUUAGCCGAAACCACCAACCAAGUAAAGUCACUCAGAAAAGUGCAGGAGGUACGCUUCCAGGUAGUGGAAGGCAAACUAGAAGAUUUCAGGGAGGGUACCACCAAACACAAUAAAAGACUGGCCGAAUUAAUCCAACUGGCAGUCAGAAAAAAUAAGGACGAGAUCCAGAAAGUCGAAGACCGGAGGCAACAGCUGGAAGACAAGAUAUAA